GUCGUAACCUGGCAGGGUGCGUGAUUCUACAGAAAUAAACGUCUAUGAUAACAUAAUAUGAAACAGGACAUGAAGACUUCCUGACGGUGCAGAAAGGACUUGUUAAUGAUUGUCACUGCUGUUCCGAGAUAACUGAUCCAGAGGAUGUCAGUAGUUACUGUGCAGCUUGGCCAGUGUGGCAACCAGGUUGGCUAUGAAUUUUUUGAUAUCCUCUGCAGUGACCUUCACAGUAAACCUGGGCAUAGUACUAAGAGAGAAAAUGAUUAUUAUCAGACUGUUUGCAAAGAACAAUUUUUCCAUGAGGAAGAAUGUGGAGACCUGGUAACUCGGGCAGUUCUUGUUGACAUGGAGCCAAAAGUUGUUUCUAAAACCUUAUCAAUGGCAGGCCGCUCUGGAAAAUGGAAAUAUGAUAUCAGUUCACAGUUUUCUCAGAAGCAGGGUUGUGGAAACAACUGGGCAAAUGGUUACUGUGUGCAUGGCCCAAAACACCAGGACAUUGUCAUGGAUCUAGUUCGAAAGCAGGUGGAAAAGUGUGACCGGUUGGGUGGUUUCUUCACUAUAAUGAGUAUGGCUGGAGGAACAGGUUCUGGCAUGGGAACAUUUCUCACAAGGUGUUUGCGUGAUGCAUAUCCUGACUCACUUCUACUCAAUCAAGUGAUUUGGCCUUAUGGAACUGGAGAGGUUAUUGUUCAAAACUACAAUUCUAUUUUGACGCUCUCUCAUCUCUACCGGUCUUCAGAUGCCCUGCUAGUUCAUGAAAAUGAUAUUAUUCAUAAAGUUUGCUCUCAGCUGAUGAAUAUAAAGCAGAUUUCUUUCAGGGAUGUCAACAAAGUAAUUGCACAUCAGCUGGGCAGUAUAUUUCAGCCAGUGUAUACAUCAGAAGAAGCCUUGCACUACUGCAGAAAUCCACUUGGGGAAUUAAUGGAGUGUUUGGUUCCACACCCAGAAUACAAGAUGCUGGGUCUCCGUAACAUUCCUCAAAUGUCUGAACACUCCUUGGCAUACAGUACAUUUAAUUGGAAUGGGCUGCUCAAACAUUUGAGGCAAAUGCUCAUUGCAAAUGCUAAAAUGGAAGAAGGUAUUAAUUGGCAUGUGCGGCCCCCAUCUCAGCCAACAGCAGAAAAGACUUCCCUGAGAAAAGAAUUGCAAUUUAAUACUUCUGUUGCUAACUUGGCAAUUCUUCGUGGAAAAGAUGUGCAAACUGCCUCUUUAGAAGGCUUCAGAGAUCCACCAUUAUAUACACCAUGGUUAUCACCAGAUGAUGCAUUCACCCUUUGGAAAACACCAAGAGCUUUCAACAAAUAUGAGAAGUCUGCUACUUUGGUUAGCAAUAGCCAGUUUCUGCUGAAACCCUUGGAUAAUAUUGUUGGAAAAGCAUGGAACAUGUUUGCAUCAAAGGCAUAUGUCCAUCAAUACACAAAAUUUGGGAUUGACGAAGAAGAAUUCUUGGAAACUUUCACAACUCUUGAGCAAAUUAUUGCAAGUUACACCAAUUUAUAAUCAUGUUCUUAUUAUUUUUUUUUACUUCAAAGACUGAAUGGUUUAUCAUUCAAUGCUGUGUGUUAAAUGUAGCUGUAUUUAAAGUGCAUUAAAAUGUAAAUAGGUAUAUUGGCAAUAAAUGUUAUAUUUUUUACAAAUUAUGUAUUUUAAUAAAAAGUUGUUGCAACA